AUGACCGUUAGGGAAGGAAAUCUGAAGAUGGCGAAUGCUGCCGGUCGCGAACUCCAAUUUAAGACCACACCAUUAGAAGAUGACUACACAAUUGACUGGAGCAAGAGGCUUGGUUCAGGAAUCAGUGGGCCAGUUAGGUUGUGCACACAGAACAAAACUGGAAAACAGUUUGCAUUAAAAUGUCUGAUGGAUUCUAAAAAAUCAAGAACAGAGGCCAAGGUGCACUACUUGUGCAGUGGUCACGCCCAUGUUGUAGCAGUAAUAGAUGUUUAUGCAGUCAGCUUUAAAUUUCCAGGAGAAAUGAGACCUGUUCCUAGGAUUUUAAUGGUUAUGGAGUUGAUGGAGGGAGGUGAACUGUUUGAGCUUGUCAGAACAAAGAGACGUUUCACUGAAAAAGAGGCUGUUAAUUUUACGAAACAAAUUGCAUUAGCAGUUUACCAUUGCCAUUCAUUCAAUGUAGCUCAUAGAGAUCUAAAACCGGAGAACUUACUUCUUUUGGACAAGACUGAGAAAGUGGUAAUCAAGCUUGCUGAUUUUGGUUUUGCCAAGAUUGACCGUGGAGAUCUUGUUACCCCACAGUUUACUCCCUAUUAUGUUUCUCCUCAGGUUCUGGAAGCACAACGAAUCCACCGUGCUCAGAAGUCAGGGAGAUUUCCUUUUUUGUCAAAACCUUACACAUAUGACAAGAGCUGUGACAUGUGGUCAUUAGGUGUUGUUAUCUACAUCAUGCUCUGUGGAUAUCCACCGUUUUAUUCAGAGGUACCUCGUAAGCAAUUGUCUCAGGGAAUGAGGCGUAGGAUCAUGGCUGGGGAAUAUGAUUACCCUGAAAAGGAGUGGUCAAAGAUUUCAUCGGAUGCAAAGGAUGUCAUCGCCAGCCUAUUGCGAGUUGAACCUGCUCAAAGACUGACAGUCACAGACCUGCUUGAGCACCAGUGGCUUAACGAAGGCACUGUUUCUGAUAUUCCACUCGAUACACCUUCAAUUAUCGUUGCAGAUGAGGAAGCAUUCCAAGAGGCGAUGAAUGCGCAUUCGGCACAGCUUACAAAGAUGAGGUUACCUGAGCGCUCAGUGGUACUGAAGGCUGUGACGAAGGCCAAGAACCCAAUUCUGAUGAAGAGAAAGAACAUGUUUAAUCUCAGUUCGUUCUUCACCAAAAACAACGGGGCAUCGGCAUCGUCCACAGAUGUUGAUCGAACAAAAAGCGAUGCUUCCAUCAAGUCUUUGAGAGACAUAAUAGCAUUUUGUAUGCUUUCUCCUCAGCCACUCGAUGGAGUUACAGAAACUUCCGAAGGUCCAAGUCCCGAAGAAGAACUUCCAAGACUCGUCUCUCUUGCUCUAGAGCAGAAUACGAACUCCCAGCGACUCAAACAAGCUCUUGUCAAGCAGUCUUGGGAUGGAGAGAAGUUCGCUGGAGCAGUCGACAAGCGCACGUUAGCCAAAGACAUCAGUGACAUCGUAAAGAAAAUGUGACAUGUCGGAGGAACUGCUCUGAAAGAAUGUAACCUCAAGCACUCAGAUGGUUUGGUCCGAAGAAAUGAACUCCCAAGCUUUGACUUACACCGCAUGCGUGGGAUCAGAUGUUAGCUCUUCAGAGGUAGUGAGGUAGGCAGACAUUGCUGAUAGCUAGAUUCCGAGGUGUGAGUAAAGCUAGACGGGGAAAGCCAGGGAGAUGUCGCACGCAACGCUCUCGCAAUGAAAAAAAGUCACUCCCAUCAAAAUUUUAUUCGUAGACCUCUAGAAUCACCAUACUUUUCUUAGCCGUUCUUGGUGUCUUUUAUACAGUGACAUCAUUUUUACAGCAUCAAUGCCAGCUUCUUCCAGUUGAUUCCUAUCGUAUCUUCAUAUAUUGAUACGGAUUAUUUUUCUCAAACAAAUAAUUACGUGUAUACCUUUGAUGUAUAGUUACAUUAGUUUUAUCUUUCAACACAUUUUGAAAAGGAAGUACAGUCAUGAUGAUAAAGCAAUAAUAUAUUUUUAACGGAGUUGAAUUUUAAAA